UGCCGCUGUACGUACCUGCUCUCCUCCAACAUGGACCAGUGUUUGGCCCUGACGUCAGCCGUUACCGCCCUGCCUGCAGUAUAUCGCUGCCUACAGAUGAUGAUGGUGACGGGAGAAACGGCGGCCUCGCCGUGAAUCCCAUCCGGAGGAGGAAUCCAAGCGCACGGAGAAGUGAGACAAGUAUCUAAAAUAACUUUUCGGACCAGGAGUGGAGGAAGGGACACCUAUUUUUUUUUUUUCUUUUUUCUUUUUGUGCUUUCCUCCCACACAUCUGGCACACACACACACACACACACACACACGAAGAGAUGCUCCGCGGCGGACAAACGCGAGGGAGCGGCGGGCUGUGCCGCUCCGCUCGGGGUGUUCCUCAGUUUGGCGGAGCUCCUGCGAGCGCACCCAGCGUGGAGGCGAUUUAAUGGAAGAAGACAUCCACCGGUAAAUCUCACCGAGCCGUUAUUCUCUACUACAUCACCGGUGGAUGUGAUGACCGGAGGUGAUGUUAUGUCGCCGGACCGACCGCUAGAGAUGAUGAUGGCUGCUGGCUGGUGCGGGACUACCCCGAGCCGCCCUGAUAGAGACUCACCAUGGAGGCUGUUUAUGCAAUCCGACGCAGUGUUGCAAGUGGGCUGAUUCAAUGCUACUGUCUCCAUAUGAUCCCCCUAGAACUGCCAGGCCUUUAUGUUUCUGUGAAAUAUGCCCGGGCCUUGUGUAAAAACAAGAGGACGGGGAUGAUGCUGGGAUGCUUAGAAUAAAAUACUGGAAUUAACGCGUAAAAACAUCCGGAGCCAUCAUGUCCAAAGUUGUCAGUAACAAGGAGAAGAAAUCCUUCAGUAAAAAACUCUUCCGGAGGAGCUCGGUCCGCUCCGUUGGGAGCUUUAUGAACAGAGUUCUCCGGACUCUGUCGACUUUGUCUCAUUUCGGUACCGAUGAGCAGGCCGCCGAGGAUGAGAAGGACGACUCGAGUUUGAUCCCGACCACCACCGGGGGGUCACUCCCGUCUGACGACAGCGACUGCGGGGGUUUCGCCUUCGGGGAUAAAGUGCCGGGUGUAGCCGGGCUCAAGAACCACGGUAACACCUGCUUCAUGAACGCUAUCCUGCAGUGCCUGAGCAACACGGAGCUCUUUGCAGAGUACCUGGCUUUGGAGCAGUUUAAAGGAGGAGAGACCAGCAGCAGCAGCAACGACAAGGCCAAGUCCAACGGGGUGCUGCUGGGGCAGAAGAAAGGGAGCCAGCAGCAGCAGCAGCAGCAGGAGUCAGGAGAGGUGACCGAGCAGUUGUCCGGUCUGGUUCGGGCUCUGUGGACCUUUGAGUACACGCCUCAGCACAGCAGAGACUUCAAGAACGUGGUCUCGAAGAGUGCCCUUCAGUUCAAGGGUAACUCCCAGCACGAUGCCCAGGAGUUCCUCCUCUGGUUGCUGGAUAGAGUUCAUGAAGACCUCAACCAUAUCGUCCACCCUGAUAUCAGACCUCCUAGAAAGCCUCCAGUUGAAGAAGAAAAUCCCCCUGAAGGAUCUCCACUACCAGCACCUGGCUCUUUUGUACAGGAGUUGUUUCAGGCACAAUAUAGGUCCUCUCUGACCUGCCCUCACUGCCAGAAACAGAGCAACACCUUUGAUCCUUUCCUCUGCAUCUCACUGCCAAUCCCGGUACCUCAUACACGGCCCCUCUACGUGACAGUGGUGUACCAAGGAAAGUGCUCCCACUGUAUGAGAGUCGGGGUGGCCGUGCCACUUUCUGGCACCGUGUCCAGACUGAGACAAGCUGUGGCCCAAGAGACCAAAAUCCCUGCUCAACAGAUCGUCCUCACUGAGAUGUACUAUGACGGCUUUCAUCGCUCCUUCUGUGACGACGAUGACGACCUUGAGAUCAUUCAGGAGAGCGACUCCAUCUUUGCCUUUGAGACACCUGAGCUAUUCAGACCAGACCAGAUCCGCUCCAAGCGAGGCAGCAGCCCACAUGCAAAUCUCAACCAGAACAACCUAAAGUAUGGCACAGAUAAUAACAGAAUAUCCACACAAAUACAAGAGCCUACAACACCACCUCAGAGUCCCAACAAGAACAGCGGGCAGGCCGAGAAGAUUGUCCUGUUGGUGUGUAACAGAGCCUGUGCUGGACAGCAAGGACGCAGGUUUGGCAAUCCAUUUAUUCUGUAUUUGGAGCGUACAGUGACAUGGGAUGUACUUCAGAAAGAGAUCUUGGAGAAGAUGCGUCAUCUUUUGCGCCCUGGAGUCUUUGUGCAGGUAGGGCCCUUUACUUUGCGUGUGGUAGGAGUGGUUGGAAUCACAUAUCUCUUGCCUCAGGAGGAGCAGCCGCUCUGCCAUCCCUCUGUGGAGAGGGCAUUCAAGUCUUGUGGUCCGGGAGGACCACCUCAUGUCAAGAUUGUUGUUGAAUGGGACAAAGAAACGAAAGACUAUCUGUUCAAAAGAACUGAGGAUGAAUACAUCCCAGAUGCUGAAAGUGUGCGUCAAGCAAAGGAGCAGCACCUGCAGCCUCAGACCUGCUCACUUGCCCAGUGCUUUCAACUCUACACCAAAGAGGAACAGCUCGCUCCUGAUGAUGCAUGGCGAUGUCCACACUGUAAGCAGCUUCAGCAGGGCAGCAUCAAGCUCAGUCUGUGGACGCUGCCGGACAUCCUCAUACUUCACCUGAAACGCUUCAGACAGGAUGGCGAUCGACGAAUGAAGAUGCAGAACAUGGUGAAGUUCCCACUCACAGGUAUGGACAUGGCACCUCAUAUGGUGAAGAGGAGCCAGAGCAGCUGGAGUCUCCCAUCCCACUGGUCACCAUGGAGACGGCCUUAUGGGAUGGGCCGUGACCCAGAGGACUACCUUUAUGACCUGUACGCAGUGUGUAAUCAUCAUGGGACCAUGCAGGGGGGACAUUACACAGCUCACUGUAAGAACUCCAUUGAUGGACAGUGGUAUUGCUUUGAUGAUAGCGAUGUUCAUCCUAUGUCUGAAGAUGAAGUCUGCAAGCAGACUGGUUAUAUCUUGUUUUAUCAAAGACGUGCCACAAUUCCAUCUUGGUCUGCCAACAGUUCUGUGGGAGGAUCCACCAGUUCUUCUUUGUGUGAGCACUGGAUUAGCCGGCUGAUGGGUAGCCGUCCACCCAGCCAAGCCUCAUCUGGUUCCUCCAGACGCACAUCAUUGGCCUCCCUCUCUGAGUCAGCUGAGUUUGCUGGUGAACGGAGCGAGGAUGAUGGCUUAUCGAGCCGGUCAGCAGUAAGGGGCAUGCAAAGACAAACCUUCUCCUCAAGAUCUUCCAUUGCCAGCCCUCUGGUGCUCAGUGAAAAUGGCACUAAGCCAUCCUGGUCCCACUCUGCUAAGCUCCAACUCCGCUCCAACUCUCCUUCACGCUUCUCCCUGGAAUCCCACUCCUCUUCCCCGACACUGGAGAGGAUAGGAGAGGUGGUGGAUAGCAAAGUAUCAACCUCCUGUUUCACUGGGUCACCCAAGCCAGAAAGACUGUCAGGCAAGUCGGCCCUUGCAGCUUCGGAGAGUAAUACAGGCAGUAAGAAGCUGAUAGAGCAGGUUCACUCCAAAGCUGUGGCACAAGCAGAACAGAGGAGCUCCAUCCAGGCUGUGGAUAACAACAAUGUAGUUGCUGCUGCUGAACCGGUCAGCCCUCGACAUGGGGCAGCUACAAAGGAGCCGAAACAAAGGAAUGGGGCUGCAGAAAGCACUGGUGUGAAAAGGACCUCAGCAAAGACCGGAUUAGAAAGUGAAAGGAGUCCCAAGAAGCGUCCUGCCAUCUCCUCAACUUCAUCAAGCUCUUUGUCUCCUGCAUCCCCUGCCCUUGACAAGUUAUCGUCUCGAACACAAACCAAGAGUGCAGCAUCAGUAUCAAACCCCAAGGAUAAAAGUGAUGGACCGUCUAAAACUAGCAAGGCUGCUUCCUCAAGAACAGCAACCCCCUCCAAGAAAGGGUCAUCCCAAACCCCGGAGGUAUUACAUCCUGACUCUGCCCAGCAGAGGAAGAGCGGUUCUCCAGGAUCGCAAAGCUCACACCCUCAGAGGAGGACAUCACCCAGAACGGGAGGUGAGAAAAGCUCAGCCUCAGCAAGGACUAGAGCAGCAGACAGGAGCACUAGCCGUGAAUCCUCACAGACCAACGGGCUCCCAGAGAGGAAGGUUAACCCUGGAGGUCCUCCCUCCAGGUCGAGUGCUGCAAGUAGAGCGGAGGGCAGGCCGAGCCGCGCUGUGGACAACAAGGCUGCAGGCCGAAGCUCAAGCAGUAGUUCCUCCAUGACUAGCCUCCGGUCCUCAAGUGUGGGUGUUUCCUCUGCAAGCGCAGCCCCACCAUCAAGGGGACCUCAAAGGAACAGUAAGACGGAGGAGAAAGGUCUAUCCUUCUUCAAAACUGCUCUGAGGCCCAAAGAGACCCGUAAGUCAACUGAUAGCGGGAAAGCAGGCGUGGGAGAAGCUAAAGGAAGUCCAGAGGAUGGUGGUGGGGAUGCAGCUAAAGAAGGAAUCCCUCAUGGAGCGGGUAAGAAAGCCCAGAAUGUGGCCUCAGAGGCCCAGACUAAUGUGACCACAGCCAAAGACAAGGAGUCUUCUAAGGCGUCUGCUACAGCUAAGCAUUCACUGCUGCCAUCCACAAAGUCUAAGCUUUCUGGGGCAGAAACAACCACACAGUCCUCUGCCAAUGCAAAAGACCCUUCAAAGAAAGAGCCUGCUAAAAAGACAAUGCAGUCAAGGAAGAUCCCCAUCAACUCUACACAAACUAGCCAGAGGGCCAAGUGACAUUAUUUGAAAGGCCUGUUAACAGUCUCUCUAGUGCAGCUCUGAGGUGCUUUAACAACAAGCUAGACCGAGUGUCUGACAAACAUCCUUAAAGCACCUGUAGCUCUUCAGUAGUUACUGAAUACCAGCUGCCAUACUGGACACUCACUGUCCACGUUGUUAAAUAGUCAUUUAGGAAUGGAUUUUAACGAAGCACUUUGUAUGGAUUGCAUUGAUUUUGAAGAAUAUUAUAAUGUAUUGUAAAUAAGCAUGGACUGCACAUGUAUUGAAAUUAUUGCCUUGCUCUGUCUGUAGCAUAGUUGAGAAAAGUACAUCUCAGUAGGAGGUGAAAACAAAAGUGACUUUGCACAAGAUGGAAAGCCGAUAUGACGGGGCAGAGAAACUCUUGACAUGCCAUCAAACAUGGACUACUCAGUCACCAAAGGAAGUUUACUGGCAAUUUUUAACAUGCUGAUGCAGUGAAACACUGAAUUCUUUCCAAAAAUCUUGAUGUACUGCUCUCCUUCAAUAUUGAGAGUCCUACGUCAACAACAAACAUCAGUGCCUCAGAUAAAAGUAUUUAAUCUAAAUUGUAUAACUGCAGGUGUUGGUAAAUUUAUAAUUCAAUUUUAAUAUUUAUUAAGCACUGAAAAUGUCAUUUCAAGUAAAACACAAUUUAAGCCUAUUUAACCCGAACUGCUGUUUACAUAUGCUCCUUGGUAUAGUAAUUGUGCAACAGCCUUUAAGAAGUAUUUUUGUGCAGCCAAAAUCAAAGACUGUCAUCGAGAGGCCGAGGAGAAGUGCAGGAUUGAAGCAUGUGUCGUUGGUGUUAAAUGUCUGGAGACCUUGGUUUGUAAUGGUUCUUAAAUGUUUGUGUUUUAUUUACCUGUAAUAACCCCGUUACCCCUCAAACAACCUCCCUACCCGUCACCACCUCUGCCCCCCAGCUGAUGAUGCCAACACUUAACUGCGGUGCCCCAUGUUCCUCAUGGGGAUCGACCACUUCAGACUGCCAGACAUCUCCAAACAUUCCUCUCAGAUGAACACAGGGUUAAUGUAAAAAGUCACAAUGCACACAGACAAACAUAUUCACAGACAGCUGGGAUGCCUUCAUUGAAACACCAUACAUGUACAUAGAGCAUUAUGGUAUGUUUGAGUCAUCUUCUGCCUUCACGUGUGACAUCACUUUGCUUGUGCACAUCUUUAGCUUGCAUCACAGAGUAGAUCGACACUGAACGCACCGACAUAGAUUGAGAAAAGAGAUCGCUCAUGAAGUAUAUGACAGUUGUUGCAUGAAAAAUUGCUUAUGCAUGCACUUAACUAUGCAAGCAGACUCUUGCUAAUGCCCACACUGAGUAUGUAGAUGUGCUACUCUUGGAUGUGUAUAUAUUUCUAACUGUAUAUUUUUUCAAAUGCCAGCAUCAGAGAGCAUGUUAAGGCAUCCUUUAUUAAAGCUUUGUUUGCACAUUUCUUCAAAGUAAUAUACAUUUUGUAUGAAUGAUAAGUAUUGCUCAUUCACACUCCCCCCUCAAAGUAAAUCAACUCACUUGCAAAUUAAUGUUUUCUGUAUUGUAUUCAUUUGUCUCAUGGUUUUUCCUUCACAAUUCCGAAACCUUUAAUAACUUUUAACUUUUUAUACGGCUUUGACAACGAAACAUUGCUGCAGUUUACAAGUUGUGGUAUAACUUAUUCAUUUCAGGGUGAACAUGUUGGAGGUUUCAGCAGAUCUUCCGUGAGAGCUAAGAAAAUUAAAAUGACUCUGCAAAGACAGUGGUGUUUUAUAGAAGAUGACAGGUGUGUUGUCUGGUUCUAAAUAUAUACAACUGGACAGGUCAGGCUCAAGAUGAGAUGCUGAACUCAUCCUCUGUAACAACGCUGUCUUCUGCUUUUGUCUGUAAAUCCAAAAAAACAAAAACAAAAAAACUAAUUAUGUGCAAUUUGACUUUGUUUUUAAUUCUUGUAUGAUCAAAACCUGUCUAAAAAAGAAAAACCUACAACACUCUUGAUAUAUUGACAUAUUUCACUGUGAAAGAUUGCACUGGAAGGCAUCAUUGACUCAUUGUGUGGACAGGAAUCCCACGGAAUAGUAAUUUAAUAAUGACAGUUGUAAUAAUUACACAUCAGAUUUAUAGAUUUUCAGAAUGUCAGUGUCAUAGUCCACGAGGGGUGUUCAUCAGUAACCCAAGCAGCUCAACCACAAGCUACUUCACAUAGUUUUGUGGCAUAUGGUGCAGAAUAAAACAAACUGAUUAUCUUUAGUGCCUGGUGGCUACAGUGUAGUGAUACUGUGCUCUUACAUCCAACACAUGCAGUAUAUAAACUGAUAAAGUGACAUCUGUGUGUCGCAUCAACAAUAAGUGAAACUUUGCAGUGUUAACAAAAUGGAACGGAUGCAUAAAAUAUAACAAAAUGCUGCGUGGAGUGAUUUAUUUUCACAAAUGCACGAUGGAUGAUUAAACAUUUUUAUUUUUCCAUUUAUAUUCUGUGAUAUAAUGUAAUUUUUGACAUGUCCUGUGUUCAUCCUUCUUUGGGGGUUGCGGUGUGUGUUGGCAUUGAUUUAGCAAUGCAAGACAAACAAUAACAAAAUAAAAUUAUGUCAUUAACUAACAUUUUGUUCACAUAUGCGACUUUGAUUUGUCUUUGUGCA